CAGAACUUUGCUACAUGUACUUUACUUGAACUAUUCACGCUGUGCUGAGGAUAGGCGUAUGGUGCUGUAAGUCCUCCAGCAGUUCACCAGCUGGUCCUCCUCCGUGGUCACUUACAUGGAGACUACAGAAGGUACCAUCUUGAAUGUCACUACAGAAAAAUGCAGCGUACAGGCGGACUUCCAGUAUGGAUUCUUCACAGUCACAUACAGCCUAGUGUUCAUACUUGGCUUACCAGGGAAUGCCGUGGCCCUGUAUUACCUGUGCAAGCGCAGGCAGCGCUCCCGCAGCUCCAAUAUCUACUUUGUAAACCUGUCUGCGGUGGAUUCAUUCUUCAUCUGCCUCCUGCCAUUUCGCAUUUAUUAUCAUAAUACUGGGAAUAACUGGAUCUUCGGAGAUGUUCCUUGCCGCAUUACUGGUGCCCUUUUCUACGCCAACAUCUACCUGAGCAUUGGCUUCUUCACAUGUAUAAGUGUGGACAGGUACCUUGCUGUGGUCCAUCCACUGAUGUACAUGAAGCUCAAGUGUACUCGCUGCUCCUUGAUACUGACCAUUGUAAUCUGGAUCAUAUGCAGCGCCAUUAUAUUGCCUUUAAUCCUGGGAGGACCACUGGGCAGUGCCCCUGAGAAUGGCACAAGGACUUCUUGUUUUGAGGACUUCUCCACUUCAAUGUGGCAGCAUCGUCUGGCACCUUAUAAUAUUUGCGCCUUGAUCUUUGGGUUUUUGGUCCCUUUCACUGUCGUUGGAGUGGUGAUUCCAUCAUUAGCACGAAGGAUAUGUAGGAUAAAAUCCAGCAUCCAUCGUAAAGUGGCCUUGAGGAUCGUCGUCUUCAUCCUGCUGGUGUGCGUGGUGUGUUUUUUGCCCUACCAUGUCUCACACCUACUGCACUUCAUGAUGAGACUGGACAUCAUCCAGGACUGUGCGUUAGCCAUGCACAUCUACAAGUUACGUCGCAUCACUUUAGCUUUAGUAAGUGUUAACAGCUGCCUGAACCCCAUUCUGUACUUCAUCCCAUAUUUAAGUCGGAAGCUCCAUGCUCCCUACUCUAAGCAGACCUACAACAUUCAGAAUGGAAGACCCACAGACAAAGCUUCUCCUAAGAUAACGUCACCUUGUCCUUUACCAAGCAGACUUGAACCUAUUACUAUACUGAAGGCCAGGGUUGAAUGGUCAGUCCUAUAAUACAAACAGGAGCAACUGUCCUCCCUUCAUUGGCCCUAAAAGCACAGACGUGGAUUUUGGCUAUUCUAGAUCACCUGGGUUUAAGGUUCUGCUAUACUGGUUCUGUCUUCUAGUUUUGCCCUGAACUAGACUGUAACUUCUGGCACGAUCAUCAAAGAAACUGACACUUUACCUGUCUAGGUUACGUAAGGAAUGUAUGUACAUGUCCAACCAUGAAUAAAUAUUUUCAGUGAAGA